CUAAAGGAGACUCUCUCUAAAGAAAAUGCAAAACACAAACUUACAACAAACUUUCAUCUAUAUAACACCUCUAUAUCUCUCCCACUAAUCAAACACACCUCACUUCUUCUUCUUCCUCUCUCUAACUUCAAGCUCUGAAGAUGUGUUUGAUUUCUUCAGAACCAUUCUCAGACACACCCACGAGACUAGUUUUGUACCUCAAAACACAAACCCAUGUUCGUAUCCCUCGCCUCUCCAGGAGGAGAAAGAUGUGGAAGGAAGAAAAGGAGAUGGUGAUGAACAAUAUAAGGCUUUACAUGGAGAACCAACACAUCAUACAAGAGAACGAGAAACUUAGAAAGAAAGCUCUUAUCCUUGACCAAGAAAACAAAGCCCUCCUCUCUCUGCUUCAGACCAAAAACGUUUCCCUUGUUCUAUAA